GGAGCUCGGUGCCAGAGCCACCAUGGCCACGGCAAACGACAGAGCUGUCCUACAGACCAUCUUUAACCCCAGCACGCCUUUUGGGGACGUCCCUGGGCUGGAUGAGGAAGAGGAGGUCCAGGAGGAAGAGGACACCUUUGCCCCGGAGCUGCUGGAGCAGGUGCGGGACCUGGAGCUGCAGGGAGUUUCUGCUGCUGAGUCCGGCGACGUGAGCACGGCCCUUGAGCGCUUCGGCGAGGCCAUCCGCCUGCUCCCCGAGCGCGCGUCGGGCUAUAACAACCGGGCGCAGGCCCUGCGCCUCUGCGGGGACGUGGCAGGCGCCCUGCGUGACCUGGACGCUGCCAUCCGCCUGAGCCGGGGCUGCGGCCGCGCCGCCUGCCAGAGCUUCGUGCAGCGCGGCCUGAUCCGCCGGCUGCAGGCCCAGGAGGAGGAGGCGCGGCGGGACUUUGCGCGGGCAGCCCGCCUGGGCAGCGCCUUCGCGCGGCGGCAGCUGGUGCUCCUGAACCCCUAUGCGGCGCUCUGCAACCAGAUGCUCUGCGAGAUGCUGGGGCAGCUGCGUGACCCCCGCGAUCCCGGGGCCGAGUGA